CACUUCUCGUGUCGUGGAAAAACAAAACCAAAUUCCGGCGUAUGUAACGAUGUUGCCAUGCCACCCAGUAUAUAUAUCUAUAUACGUAUAUAUAUAUAUAUUGUCGUAGUGUCAUAGAUCGAAACUUAUCUUCAUAUUGAUCAGACACAGAGACCAGACCAUAUCCUUUUUUCCUUCUUCCAAAUACAAUGGAGCUCAAGCCCGGAUUAUCAGCUCUGGUCACUGGCGGUGCCUCUGGAAUUGGAAAAGCUCUCUGUCUGGCUCUUGGAGCGAGAGGAAUAUUCGUGACAGUGGUUGAUUUAUCGGAAGAAAGAGGGAAGGAAGUGGCGAAUCUUGUUCAGACGCUAAAUUCUAAAUUUCAUUCAAAUUUAAAUUUCCCGUCUUCUAUUUCCGUCAACUGUGAUGUAACUAAUUCAAGUAAGUGGGGGAAAAAAAAGGAGGAAUUUGGAAUUUAAUUUGAUAAACAUGUGGAGACAUAUGGUGGUUUAGAUAUAUGUAUUACCAGUGCUGGUAUUGGUACUCAAAUUCCAUUCCAUAAGGAUCAAUCUGAUGGUAAUUCUACAUGGAGAAAAGUUGUAGAUGUCAAUCUUGUUGCUGCCAUUGAUUGCAUCCGUCUCGCGGUUAAAGUUAUGCAAGGUGCAAAAAAACCUGGUGUGAUCAUCAAUUUGGGAUCAUCUGCCGGCCUCUAUCCGAUGUAUUUUGACCCUGCUUACUCUGCCUCUAAAAGUGGCAUUGUUAUGUUUACAAGAUCACUUGUUCCCUUAAAACGUCAAGGCAUUCGCGUCAAUGUUUUGUGUCCUGAGUUUGUUGAAACCGAUAUGGGAUUGAAAAUAGAUCCUAAAUUUGUUGACAUUAUGGGAGGCUUUGUGCCUAUGGAAAUGGUGGUGAAAGGUGCAUUUGAGCUUAUUACUGAUGAGAGUAAAGCUGGUGCCUGCCUAUGGAUAACAAACCGCAGAGGCAUAGAGUAUUGGCCAACAGCAAUGGAAAAGGCAAAAUAUAUAGUCCCCUCUUCCAUAUCGAGAAAAAGAACUGCAUUGAAAGCUCCUCUAAAGUUUCAACUUCCAAAUAGUUUUGAGAAAAUAGUUGUUCACACUUUAACUCAUAACUUCCGAAGUGCUACCGGCAUUGUGCGCUCACCAUUGAGAUUACCCAUUGAGCCACACCAUGUUCUUGUGAAAAUCAUCUAUGCUGGUGUAAACGCUAGCGAUGUCAACUUCAGCUCAGGACGUUAUUUCAGCGGUAACAGCAAAGGUACUGGCCCCAGUCUUCCAUUUGAUGCUGGUUUUGAGGCUGUGGGGAUAGUUGCAGCAGUCGGGGACUCUGUCACCAACCUGGAAGUUGGUAUUCCAGCUGCAGUUAUGAUUUUUGGAAGCUAUGCUGAAUUCAUAAAGGUGCCUUCAAAACACAUCCUUCCUGUGGCAAGACCAGAUCCAGAAGUUGUGGCCAUGCUUACUUCAGGAUUAACUGCAUCAAUUGCUCUAGAAAAGGCUGGACAAAUGGAUUCUGGGAAAGUAGUUUUGGUUACUGCUGCUGCAGGAGGGACCGGGCAAUUUGCAGUACAGCUUGCAAAAGUGGCUGGAAAUACCGUGGUUGCAACAUGUGGAGGUGCCCAAAAGGCAAAGCUUUUGAAGGAUUUGGGAGUCGAUCGAGUCAUAGACUAUAAAGCAGAAGAUAUCAAAACUGUUCUAAAGAACGAGUUUCCUAAAGGUAUCGACAUCAUCUAUGAGUCUGUAGGUGGCCAAAUGUUUGAUCUGUGCUUGAAUGCGUUGGCAGUCUAUGGAAAACUCAUAGUAAUUGGGAUGAUUUCUCAGUAUCAAGGGGAACAAGGAUGGAAGCCAUCAAAUUAUACUGGAUUGUGCGAAAAGAUUUUAGCAAAAAGCCAAACAGUGGCUGGUUUUUUCUUGGUACAAUAUAGUUACUUAUGGCAACAACAUUUGGACAAACUAGUUAAUCUUUUCUCUAUGGGGAAGCUGAAGGUUGUUGUUGAUCCGAAACAAUUUUUGGGAGUCAACUCUGUGGCCGACGCAGUUGAGUAUCUCCACUCUGGCAAAAGUGUUGGGAAGGUAGUUGUUUGCAUCGAUCCAACCUAUGGCAACCAAAUGGCGAAACUAUAAUGAGGCAGUCUGUAUUCAUAGCCUAAACAAAUAAUUUAUGAGCAGGAAGAUAGGAGAUUUAAUAAUGCAUGCAGUUUCUUAUCCAAAAUGACUUGGAAAUUAUCAAAGAAUCAAAGGAGAAUAGAAAGUUAUGACAUUUUCUGGGUAUUUAUGGCUAUGUUCUUUGGCCAUGAAGAAAGAUGUAGUCAAAUAUUGUGUGUUAUAAUAGAGCUUCAUUAUAGGAACAAGUUCAUUGAUUUCUCGAUUGAUAUGAUCUUGUACCAAGGAUGUUAAAUCGGUUGCUUUGUAAACUUUAAAAAAACAUUGUUGUUUAGUCUGAAAAGAAUGAUAUUAUGGAGAUGAUCAACAUUUCUUUA